AUGGUUUGGAGUAGUAGUGCGAAGAUGAGAUGGAUAUUUCAGCUUGGAUUCUGCGUUUUGAGUUUUGGAUGGGCUUCUUCAGUUUCAGGAUCAUUCUCCUAUGAUAUUCACCAUAGAUUCUCUGAACAGGUCAAGACCGUUUUGGGUGGACAUGGCUUGCCUGAAAUGGGCACUCUCGAAUACUACACGGCGUUGGUUCACCGUGAUCGAGGCCGCCGGCUAACUUCCAACAACAAUCAGACGACUGUUUCUUUCGCUCAAGGCAACUCCACCCAAGAAAUCAGUUUUCUACAUUAUGCGAAUGUGACGGUAGGGACACCGGCUCAAUGGUUCUUGGUGGCUUUAGACACGGGAAGCCAUUUGUUCUGGUUACCUUGCAAUUGCAACUCCAGUUGCGUAAGGACCAUGGAGACCGACCAAGGAGAGAAAAUAAGGCUCAAUAUCUACGAACCAAGCAUAUCAACAACAAGCUCAAAGGUUUUGUGCAAUAGCACACUUUGCUCAUCAAGAAAUAGAUGUGUUUCUCCGCUCAGCGAUUGUCCUUACAGAAUCCGAUAUCUCUCUCCGGGAAGCAGAAGCACGGGUGUGUUAGUUGAGGAUGUGAUCCACAUGAGAACGGAAGAAGGAGAUGCUAAGGAAUCUCGGAUCACAUUCGGCAGUUGUAGCGAGUCCCAACUAGGGCUAUUCCAAGAAGUGUCUGUAAAUGGGAUAAUGGGACUUGGAGUAGCCGACAUAGCGGUUCCAACCAUGUUGGCUGAAGCCGGUGUGGCCUCAAACUCUUUCUCAAUGUGUUUUGGUCUCAAAGGGAAAGGCACAAUCAGUUUCGGGGACAAAGGCAGCUCAGACCAGCUUGAGACUCCGUUUACUCUCACACCUUCUAUGCCGUUUUAUGAUGUGAUCAUCACUGAAUUCAAGGUAGGAAGUGUGACGGUGGAAACAGAGUUCAGUGUCAUAUUCGACUCUGGGACCGCGGUUACAUGGCUGCUUGAGCCUUACUACACUUCUCUAACCACAAAUUACGAUCUUCAUAUAACUGACAGACGACUUCCGGCAAGGGUGAAGAGUCCCUUUGAGUUCUGCUACAUUAUUACACCAGCUUCAGAUGAAGAGAAGCUUCCUUCAAUUAGCUUUGAGAUGAAAGGAGGAGCUCUAUAUAAUGUUUUCAGCCCCAUACUUGUCUUCGACACAUCCGAUGGUGGAGAAGUCUACUGUUUGGCCGUUCUAAAGCAAGUUAAUGCCGACUUCAACAUCAUCGGACAAAACUUCAUGACCAACUACAGAAUUGUCCACGAUCGUGAGAGAAUGAUCUUGGGAUGGAAAGAAUCUGAUUGUAACGAUGAGAAUCGUUUCACGGGACGUAAUACAUCAGCGAAACCACCAUCGUCCCUGCCACCAACGCCGUCUCCAAGACCAAGAAACCCUUCAACUCGUUUGAGUCCUGUCGCUAUUUCUUCACUCUUCAUUAUUUUCUUCAUUUCUUCUGUAUGUUUGUAA